CGUAGUGAAGAGAGAGUUGGACGAGCAGUACAUAGGCAGCCAGUCUGUUGUUUUUAGCCUUUUAGCCAAACAUCUUGAGGAACUCUUCAGAAAUUCCGUCGAAGAAAAUGGCUACUUCUUUCGUGAAUGAAGAACAGGAUAAAUUAAGGACACUAGAAGAUUCAACAAACCUGCGCUGCAGAAAGUGCCGUAGAUGUCUAAUAGACUCAACCAGUCUCCUCAAGGCGGUCAUAUCAAGAGAGGCUGCAGCCACAUGCAAUGUGUGGCAUUUAAAUGUUGAAUCUUUGCCAGAUUGGAUUUUGUCAAGUGUUGGUCAGGUCAAUUGGACUGUUGGGAAAUUAAACUGCCAGUACUGUGGAGCUCGCUUGGGAGGCUUUAAUUUUGUAAAUUGUUCCAAAUGCACCUGUGGACAUGAAACAACUGUGCAUCUCAGUAAAAGUCGCGUUGAUCAGGAUCUAAAACCUCUAGUAAUUUUAACAAGACCAGGAAGGUCUAGGAGGAACAAUGUGGAGGAGUCUCUCCUUCAGACAAUGAGUUUAGCUCCUUCUCCUUCCUCAACCCUCAACUUCUCCUAUCCUGUAUUUCAUGUAGUGUCUGCUGAAACUCCACUUGAGGUUGAGUCAAGUGAAGAACCACAAAUUCUUGAGAAUGUUGAGAGGGGCACAGAUGUUCCUUUACCUCCUGAAUUGCCGCUACAGCUGAAUGAUUAUCGGGAGAGUUUAGAGGAACAGCAUGUGGGUUCUGCUUCCCAGAGUAGGACUUCUCUGGACACAACAGUUGAUCCAGAGGGCGUCAGACUGAUGGAGGAGCCAUCCAGAAACAUUUUACUCAAUGUAGAGCCAAAGCUUAGCAAGAGAGAGAAAAACCGCUUGAAAAGCCUAAGAAGGAAGCAGAGGAAGAAGGAACGCUGGAUUCAGAGACAGCAGGAGGCAACAGAUUUGGCUAUGAAGUGGGACCUAACAGGCAGCGAUGAUGAGGAGAGAGAGGGAUACACAUGUGCCGUGUGUUUAGACAUAUAUUACAGCCCCUACAAGUGCCAUCCUUGCAGUCAUGUGUUCUGUGAGCCCUGUUUGAGAACUCUGGCCAAGAAUCGGCCUAGCAAUACCCCGUGUCCCCUCUGUAGGACCCUUAUAUCCCAUGUUCUCUUUCAGGAAGAGCUUAAUCAAACUACAAAGACGUGCUUCCCAAAAGUAUAUCGCUCAAGACAUGAGACCUUUCAGAAGAUCAACUAUUCGAAAUGGCCCUUGCCCAACUGUCCAAAGCGUUUUCGCAUCUUUUGGGGGUUUCCGAGACACGGAGGCCCUGCCAGUCGCUGGCAGUUUCCCCACAGAGCAUUUGGCCUGGAUGCUUUGGAUCUGGGGGACAUGUGGGGUUGGCCAUUUGACAUUGACUUUGUGAUUAUCUCUGUCUACUCUCUGCACUGGGUGAUGGCGUUCAUCAUCGUCUGUGGCCUCUGCUACUUCCUCCUCAUCUAAUGAAUGGAGGAUUAGAUUUCACUUUGCUGUUGCUUGACAAAUGAAUGUUGUUGACGGUGGACAUCUCAUCAAGUGCCUCAUACUUUUAAUUUAAUGUAGGUACAAUUAUGCUGAAAAAUUAUUAAGGUAUUUUUCUUACUGUGUUUUUAUUUAUAAGGUUUAGGUCUUUCAGGGUUUGUGCAAUAAAUAGAUAUCACGUGUAGCUGUUCCCUAAUAUCAUCUGCCUACUUGACCUCUAAACAGUAUUAUAAUGCAUUAGAAAACAAAACAAGCAAUAAUUCUGGGAAAAUGCUUAGUCUCUUUGUUCAGUUUUAUAAGUUACCUUUAUUUCUGUUGCUAUUAGUUGGAGCCAUUUAGAUGCUUGCUUAAUGCUAGAAACAGGGUUUCUUCCACUAACAAAAAUGCUGUACAAUAUUUUAAUGGCUUCUUUUUACACAGUAAUGGGUUUGAGAACUUUAGUUGUAGUCAAUUUAAUCUAUGGGAAUGAUAUUAUUUAAUUUGACAAUGGCCUAGAAUGACAGCCCAUUCCUAUAUCUCAAAGCAGAGUUUGGGAAUGGUUUUUUUUUUCUUUCUUUCUUUUCAUUUGGGGGUAACCAGAUCCAAACAUUGUAAAAGCAUUCAAUCUUUUUUAUUUUUUAUUUUUUUAUUUUCACCAUAAACUCGUUCUCAGAAUGUUACAGGGAAGUUUUGUGUUACAACACGUAGUGUUUUCUAUUCAUUAUUCAAAUAAUUUAAUUAGCCUAUUAUCAUUAACAUUUCAAGAUGUUUUUUGCAACAACUUACACAUUUACCGAAAUAAUGUUUUCUAGCUGUCUUGAAAAAAUUUAAACAAAAUGUUAACUUCCCCAAAACGUUUCAGAUAGUUUUUCUGAUAUUUUUUUUUUUUUUUAUGGACAGCCGUUCUGUUGACAUGAAUAUAAAUUAGCAAAGAUAUGUUUGAGACGGCGCUUGCUAAUACAAUAUUGAAAAUC